UCGCUUCCGCAGAGGCAGUUCGCACCUGAACCCGUGUACGUGGCGUCCAUACGAGUGCUCAUCGUCUUCUUCUUGUCGUAGUUGGCUAUUUGCUUUGCUUGCAGCAAAGAUGUUGUCGAGAUUCCGUCCUCUCCACAAAUGCUUACCAUCGGGUGGUGUACGUGCAUACUCGCGCAGCAGCUCGCAGCGUCUCGUAGACGAUGUUUCUGUGAUUGGCGCUUGCUGUGAAGUUGGCCAGCCAAGAGCUGGUACCAGAGAUGCUCCCGAUAUUCUGAGAGACCUUGGAAUUCUGGACUAUAUCAGACGGAGUGCCUACAAUGUCGUGGACACUGGCAACAUUGUUGAAGACAACAGCCUGCGUGGGGAAGUUCGAGGCGUGAAGAACCCAGAAGCUGUUGGCUCCUUUUGCCGAGCUCUUUCGGAGAGAAUUUCAUCGCAGAAGGACAAGCUCCAUCUAACACUGGGAGGCGAUCAUAGUAUGGCCCUGGGUACUGUUCAUGGCCAUGCCACAGCAAGACCCAACCUCAAAGUGUUGUGGGUGGAUGCCCAUGCUGACAUCAACACCGACCAGACCUCACCAAGUGGCAACCUGCACGGCAUGCCACUCGGUGUGCUCAUGCAGGGUCUGGAGGGCGCCUUCGCUAACAUGCCCGGUCUCGACUGGUUCGAGCGCAAGCUCAGACCGGAAGAUAUUGUGUACAUCGGACUGCGCGAUGUGGAUGACGGAGAGAAGGAGAUCAUGAAGCGUCUGGGCAUCAAGUCGUUUGACAACAUUGAAGUCGAGCAGCGCGGUGUCAAGGCCGUCGUCAACGACGCCAUGAAUCUGCUCAAACCAAGUGAGUCGCAGCCGCUGCAUUUAAGCUUCGACAUUGACGCUCUGGACCCGAUGUACGCGCCGAGCACCGGAACUCGAGUUCCGUUUGGCCUGUCUCGUGAGGACGGCAUCUACAUCUGCCAGCAGGUGGCAAGAACAGGCGCUCUCGGCGGCAUGGACAUCGUUGAGGUGAACCCGGGCCUCGGCAGCAAGCUCGACGUGCUCAAGACUGCACGUCUCGCCUUCGACAUGGUCGGUGCCUCGCUCGGCCUCAGCUCCGCCGAGAUUCAGGACGCGCAGGACGAGUUCGAGGCCGUCAUUCCGCCCCUCACCGCCAGGUACGGCGCCACGCACAACAUGGUGCGCGAUCUAGAACGCGACACCACCACCGCUGCGCCAGCCAGCAGUCCUGCUAAGGAAGCUGAGCCACAGACAGAACGCGAGGCGCGCAUCAACCAUGCCAAGCACUCCGGUCGCCUGUAAACGAUACACCUGUAACACUACAGUAUUUUCCUCUGCCACAGUGAUUGCAUACCACGGCGAUGUAGCGCCACCGAUGAUGUCACUGGCUAGCCACCGAUGAUGUCACCAUCACUGUGUGUGUGUGUUGGUGUGCCGCAGCAGCUCAAACUUCGGUUGCAAUACCCUAUAUACUACUACUGGCCCUAUGCCUUUCUCAACCGGUAACUGUCCUGCGAUGGCUGCUUGUGAUGGGCACCGCCAGGACAUACCCUUGAGCAACUACUGCAUGCGAUCAGCGCCGGGUGGGCGGCCCAGCUCAACAGUACCCCCGACGUACUUCCCAGGUGCUUCUUACAUCAUUGUGUGCACCACCGGGCCCUCCCCACCCAGCGUCAUGUCGCUCUACUCCGACCGUUGGUCGUCCGUGCCGCUCGCAAAGCUCCUGCGAGUAGCGCCGACUGCUCCUGGCACUCCUCAAGCACGCCAGCGGUCGUCACUUAUCCGCCUUAUUGUUCAUUAUGACUUUAACGAAAUCUCUCGGAUCCCUCUCUAAUAUUCGUAAAGCACUGAUAUCAUCACUGGACACCCUCUGGUUAGUCUUCUUUCUUUCUUUUUCAGACCAUUGCUGGUAUUUUCUCCAUUGGUGGGGUGGUGUUUCUUGCUUACUCUGCUCCAGAGUUGCUCAGUCUGGAUCCGCUCUCUCUGCGUCGGAGUGUGCGAGCUCUUGGACAUGUCUACUCCAGAGUCAUUGUAUUUAUAAGUAUUUGUGUGCGUGCAUGUUUGUGUUUAUAGAUUUGAUUAAUAUUUUCCACAGCAUCGUGCGCCAGUUUGUGGUAUUAUUGUUUUCCCAUGUCUUGGUCGUCUGUCUGUUGUGACAUGAAAUCCAGUGUGCUCAGUCCUGUUCGGACUCGUGACUUCCGAAGUGAUUUUCUGCUCGA